CAGGGCCGAUCAGCGGAUCUGUCAGCUGCGGAGUCAGUGUUGUUGCACCGCGGAGCAGCGCAGCUCCUGUGAUCCGCGAUCAUGGAGAAGAAUGGAGAAGCGCACGGACUGAGAUCAAUGCAUACACACACGCAGGCUCGGACUGGACGUAGAAAUGCCACGGGCUUGUAAUCUCCCCGCGGAGGAUGGGAUUUUCUGGACAUAACGCAGUGAAGUUACAGGAAUCUUUGUCCCGGACUGAAGAAAAGACGAGUGGGCCUGAAAUCACACAGACGUCGGUUGAAGUUGAGCUACGAGCUGCGCUAGCCGAGUUAGCAUUUAGCUUACUGUGAAAUACCAAGUGUAUAGCUAAUGGUUGAGUCGUGUUUGAGCGGGGAACACACCGCAGUGUGCGGCUGCGUGUACCACGAUAUACCGUGUCGUCAGAGAAUUGCUGCUUUACAUGCAGUUGUUUACGUUAGCAGCAGUGAUUAUAGCUAAACUAGCCAGCUAGCUCUGUGACAGCGCUAGCCUGUUGUUCCCUGCUAGGUAAAGCAGAAAGCUCCUGUGAAACAGGAACAAAAGAGAGGAUAACACAGGGUCGGUGGUUAUUCGUGUACAAGAGGAUAUAUCUCAGCAGAGACAUUUUAUCAUAAACGUUAAUAACCAUUAAUUGCCUCCCAGGUUAUUAUUAAUUCUAUUUUAGACAAUACGCAUGUUUUUCUCUACAAGAGUCCUCCUGUCCGGAUAGAGCUCAAGUUAUACUUAGAUUGUCUCUGCUUGUGACCUUUUAAUAGAUUUUUAAUCUCGUUGAGAUAAAGGAUCUUUUGGCUUUGGUUCUGCUUAUAUAAUUUAUUUAGCUGUCAGACAUCAACACAGUCCUAGUUGUUUUCGUUUGUUUUGUUUUCCCAGUGAGUUUGACCAAACCAACCCAUUUCUCAUCUUAAACUUGAGCAGUAGGAAUGUAGUGUCCGUCAGAACCACACUUCUGGCAUCCACCUUGUUAUUCUGUGGUUUUAGUCUGAAAAUUACCCGCUCGCACACAACUUGGAAGGCCUAACGUAAACAAGCAAAACAAGAACUGGAAAUUGGAGGACCUCCAUUCAGCAAAUGGUGGUACAACAGACAUAAUCUUUGUUUUGGAUCACAUCAGAGGGAUAGCACACAAGGAGGGGUAGAGUAGUCAUCCCUGUUGCUCAUCUCCAGCCUCCUUUUGGGCCUGGUCUCAGAUGUGAGACAUGGGCAGCCAGGGCAGCCCGGUGAAAAGCUACGACUACCUUCUGAAGUUCCUCCUGGUUGGAGACAGCGAUGUUGGAAAAGGCGAGAUCCUGGACAGCCUGCAAGACGGAUCGGCCGAGUCCCCAUAUGCGUAUAGCAGCGGUAUCGACUAUAAAACCACCACCAUUCUCCUGGACGGGAGAAGAGUGAAGCUGGAGCUCUGGGACACCUCAGGACAGGGGAGGUUCUGCACCAUUUUCCGCUCUUAUUCCCGCGGGGCUCAGGGGAUCCUGCUGGUGUAUGACAUUACCAACCGGUGGUCAUUUGAUGGCAUCGACAGGUGGAUCAGAGAGAUUGAUGAGCAUGCACCAGGCGUGCCUCGAAUCCUCGUAGGCAACCGGCUACAUCUGGCCUUCAAACGGCAAGUUCCCACUGAGCAGGCCAGGGCAUAUGCCGAGAAGAACGGCAUGACGUUCUUCGAGGUGAGCCCUCUGUGCAACUUCAACGUCAUUGAGUCCUUCACAGAGCUAUCUCGUAUCGUCCUGAUGAGGCAUGGCAUGGAGAAGUUCUGGAGGCCCAACAGAGUCUUCAGCCUCCAGGACCUCUGCUGCCGAGCCAUUGUGUCAUGCACCCCAGUCCACCUCAUCGACAAGCUCCCGCUGCCUGUUGCCAUUAAGUCCCACCUCAAAUCCUUCUCCAUGGCCAAUGGCAUGAACGCCGUCAUGAUGCAUGGACGCUCUUACUCCCUGGCCAACCCAUCCGGUGGCUCUAAAGGCAACAGCCUGAAGCGCUCCAAGUCCAUCCGUCCACCGCAGAGCCCUCCGCAGAACUGCACCCGCAACAACUGUAAAAUCUCCUAAUUCACAGCUUCCCCGAGGGUCUGUGAAAAAGGCAAUGAAUGAAUGGGAUCAGGAGAUGGACGUUCAGAGUGGUGUUAGUUGGACGGAAAGAGCACAACCCUGAACAUGAAGGGCAGAAGAGCGGCAAUGAUGCAUAAAGGGAUGAAUGAUCGCCAACUCCCACCUUCAUGAGUUGAAGUACUUUCCAGGUAGAGAAGCUGGAAUGAUUCCUCAGGAUAUCAGAGGAGAACGACCACAAACUUACUGGUCUCUGCUGACCUGAUUCUCACUUUAUCCAAAUCACAAAAAGAGAGAAAAGACUCCAGAUCCACUCCCACCUGCUUGAGUGUUAACUUCAUGUACGGAAAUCCCUCACCAACUCUUGUUUAGUUACUGUACAUGAUGCACGCCACUCGCCAUGUCUCUGUAUCACAGACGUCACCUGGAGAUUAACUCCUCACCUUAUUCUUGCACAUUUAUUUCUUGCCUCUGUCUGUCUGGUUAUACUUCCACCUUUUUCUAUCCACGCCUCCGUUCAUUUGCUGUUUUAUUGACCAAUAAGCUAACGAUCCAGACACUAGUAACCAGUUCUUUAUCAGUCCACUACUGAUUGAACCAUAGACUGUUAAUAGAAAUGGACGUAGACUCCAGUUCCAUAGAGUGAAGCCAAUGGUUAAGUGCCUGAAACCUGUAUUCUCUCAAAUGACCAGGAGAGGGAAACAAAGAUGUCAAUUUCUAUAGAAGUCUAAGAUUUCUCACUUAGCUAACUAUAUCAGUAAAGUAGUAGUAGUUUGUAGUCUUCUUCAACACAGCAUGAUGUUUUUUUUGUAAAUUAUGGUCCCAUUUAGAGUCAAAUUGUACCGUCCAAUGGGUGCAGGCCGCAGGUGUUGCUGGGCGCGCAGUGUCCACAAGCUCUCAGUCAGGCUCCACCCCCAACUCCUCUAAAUAUGGUCACCUCUGCUUUCGAAAAACCAAAAUGCCAAACUAGAUGCUUCAAAAUGGCAGCUCACAAACCAAUGACAAAAGUGAAGCCACAUCAUCUUGAUCGCCCCCUGGUGGCAUGCUGCAGCAUAGGCCAUACCUAAACAGACGUCACGAUUGACAGCUCACAAUGACUCAAGAUUAGUCGAGCCUCUUUAUUGGAGGGACCCCAAUACUCCACCCCACGAUCAUUGACUCUGACUCUAAAUGACGUCAAAAGGGCAAAAUGGCAGCGUUUUUAUCCAAGAUAUUUGGCUUCAUUUCUGAAUAGUUGGAGGAAGUGGAGACGCGUCGUCCAUCUUUAUUUACAGUCUAUGGUCUGAAUGCUCACUGUGCUUUGGAGUUUAAAACGUUUUGUGUGAUCUAUAACACUUUCUGAAGUGAAAUCUUGGCGACAAGUUGAGUGACCGCUCCCGUCUGGUGUUGAAGCUGAAGUCGUCAGACAAACGCGACAAUACCUGAAGCAGGUCUCAGGUCCAGAUGUGUGCAUGUGACUUCAGGCUACCUCUACCUGCCAGAGCUUUUGGGUCAGUUUUAAACAAAAGCGUAAGAGUUGAUCGAUUCCACAAACACAACACAUGUAUUUUUAAUGAGUGCAGCAGAUUUUGGGGUUGUGGUUUACACAGUCUACUUUCACAGGGGAUUCACUGAUGCUGGUUGCUGUAGAAACCACUGCAUUUAAAAAAAACUAGUGGCCUAUUUAAUGUCUCUACAUUUUUUAUGAAUUUCAGUUUUAACUUGAUGCCAAUUGAAAAGAAUUCCACAAAGGACGAACAAAACAGAGUAAAGAGGAAAUAUUUCUUUUUCUUGUUGUUGAAGAAUCAUGAAAACACCAAAACCAACACGUGUGUGUGUUAGUUUGUCUCCUAACUUCCCUCCUGAGCUCAGAGCCCUUUGGUUCCGUCUCAAAACUUAAAUCUUUAAAACACCUCACAAACAUAUAGCUAGGCUCGUCUGUCUUGUUUGGAUCCUUUUUGCUUCAGGCCCAUUUUCCCUUUGAGACCAACAUCACUGCUCUUUUUAGGGAGCUGUUUUGAUGUUUUGUUUUUGGCCUGAGAGCUUCUAACAGCUAACAGAUGAGAUGGAGUGGGCACUUUUACAUCUGCGUCACUCAGCUCAGCCGUCUUCCUCUCUCUCUCUCUCUCUCUCUCUCUCUCUCUCUCUCUCUCUCUCUCUCUCUCUCUCUCUCUCUCUCUCUCUCUCGCUCUCUUUCUCUCUCGCUCGCUCUCUCCUGCUAUUUGUGUUUCAAAAAACAUGUACACACACGUACACAAAUACACUCAACUCAUCAGGAUUCUUAUAAAUGAUUGAAUGUGUUGACAGUUAUAUAAUCAGUUUAAUAUUAGGACAUAGUGAACGAGAGCUGAAACUCUUAUUCAAAUAAAUUCAUCAGUCAGUCGAUUGAAAAAUAACUCAACAAUUGUAAUAAUUAAUUAAUUUUAAGGAAAAAUCCAGGACAUUUAGUUGUCUGUGUCUCUGCUCUUUUUCUCUGUUUUAUAAAAUUUAAAACUGAAUCUCAUCAGAUUUUUAAGAAACCGUGAACCUACUUUUUACAGUUUAAUCGUAUAAUCAUGAAAAAAGAAUCAACUGAUCUAUAGAUAAAAUAGCUCUAUUCAGUGGCCCCUCCCCCGACCGUUACUGCGCAGACUCUGGCUCCAAAUGACAUCAUUGGCCCAAGAUGGCAGCGUUUGUACCCAAGAUAGUUUCUGGAUAGUGGGAGGAUGUGGGGACAAGUCGUCCAUCUUUUUUUUUUUACAAUCAGUGGUUUCAGUUCAUACAUCAGUGUGUGGUUGGUUUUUGUUUCCAUGACCGUGACCAUUGGAUCCUCGUUACAUGAAGCGUAGCUAUAAGUAACUGAUCAGAAAUGGUGUUGAUAGCUAAUGAAUCAUUACUAGUCAAAUAUUCUUCAGUUUCAGCUUCUUGAACGAGAGGAUUUUCAACUUUUCUUCUCUUUCGUCUUCCAUGAUCAAACCGCCGCGUGGUGUUGAAAUGAGCUCGAACACGUGCUUUCUUCCGAGUCGUCGGCUUUUGAACCAUCACACUGCUGCGUCUGGAUUUCCCACGAGACCGACUGCUGCACGUCUUUCCCUCUGAUCCGCUCCACUGCCUCCACACGCUGUCCCGUGAUUCAUGGCUGCUGAAUAAUAGAUGCUUUUCAUAGAUCUCUGUAGGCUUUCAUUAGCACCCCACCCCCCACUGCUCCAUCUCUCCUCGCUACUAUUUCAUCCUCCUCAUGGGAAGAUGCUCUGCUCACUCCGGUUUGUUCGUGGUUCUUCUCAGCAUCAGUUUUCUGUAAUUUUCCCGUCCCAACAAUAUUAAGAGCUGGAUCAGGUUCUCAGUUCUAACCUGUGUUUAAUGACCCUGCCCUCAACAGGUCAGGCUCAGUGUCUGUUCAUUUUCAGUGUGUAGUGUUGGUGGACUCUCAAUCUGCUGCUGUGUAUCUCUUGAUUAAAGGAUAAAACAGCCAACACACACAUGUUGUGUUAACAGGUUCUCCCUCACCAGCAUUUUAAGAAAGAUUCUGUUAAAUGAGCCGAGUCGUGCUUGUUGCCAAGAUUUCCCACUCUGACGAACAGGAGAAGCCACUGAUCAUUGUUGCUGCUGCCUCACAGAGCAUGUUAACCAUCAAUGGGUGUGAUGAUGAUGUCGUGUAGUUCAUCCAGUUUCUUUCUCUGUGACAACACAACCUUUGCUUCCACGUCUUCUUUUGCUCUCGUGUGGACUUCCUCAGUGUUGUCAAUCAUAUCUUCUGAUAUAAGCUGAGUUUGCGCCGUUUUGGUUUUUUUUUUAAAUGAUGGAACUGUUUGCAGAGGAUGAUGGGAGAUUGAUUUACCCUCUGGUGGGCAUGUUUGUGUAAAGGAGCACUGUUUUUAUGAUGAUGACAAACACAUGUAAAACACUAUUCUUGUUUUUGGCUAAAGCUGCUGAGUAAUCUGAAGUGUGUGUGUUUGUGUGAGAGAGUGAGAGAGAGACAGUUUCUUCAAACACUAACCUGAACGUUUUUUCCUUUUUUUAAAUUAUUGAUUGUACAGUUUCAAGGCGAUGGUAUGAAGAGACUUUUUCACAAUAAAACUAUUGAAUGUUGGAGUCAAAA